GUUGAGGCUUUAGAGAGAGAGAGAGAGAGAGAAGGUGGAUAGGUAGAUACUCUGUACUGUAGUGUGUCUUUUGCUUAGAUUCUCGUGCUGAGUCUUUGAAGAUCUUUCUUUUGAUUCAUGGCGGCAACCCAACCACAGGGACCGGAUCGUACCUCUGGUGUGCACGUGUGGAUUUGUGCGCACAUAUUCAUAGCUUCAAGUUUUCCUAUCCCAGAAUUUUGCUUUGGUUGGUCAAUAAUUUGUACUGCCUGUGUUUCUAAGACUCUACUAAGUCACUUAGCCUACUGAUCAUGGAUGCAGAAGAGAAACCUGCUGAACCAGAUAACAUGAAGGAGCAGCCACAUUCAGCAAAAAAUGAAAGAUCAGCUUCCCCUAAUCCUUCCCGGGAUUCUGCUACAAUAGGUCAUGCAAGAGUCCCAUCGGGACAAUCAGGAUCUUUUACUUCAAGUGGAGAUCGCACAGUCUAUCCACCUAACAUCUAUGCCCCUCAGGCGCAGACCUUUUACUAUAGAGGUUAUGACAAUGGAGCUGGUGAAUGGGAUGAAUAUCCUCCAUAUGUCAAUGCUGAAGGAUUGGAAAUCGGAUCUCCUGGUGUUUACAAUGAAAAUCCUUCUCUUGUCUUCCAUUCUGGAUAUGGUUAUAACCCACAAAUGCCAUAUGGGCCUUACUCCCCAGUUACAACACCUUUGCCUUCGGUAGGUGGAGAUGCACAAUUAUAUUCCCCCCAGCAGUUUCCAUAUUCAGGACCACCUUAUUACCAACAGUUAGGUCCUCCUAGCAUGCCAUAUAUUACUUCACCAACUUCAGUCUCGCAGCCAGAACUCCCUACAUUACUAAGUGUUGACCAACAAGGUGAUAGCAUGCUUUUUGGACCAAGACCAGGCUAUCCUCCUGUAGGAUCUUUUGGCAGAGGCAGUUUUCCUGGAAAUCCUGGGACCCUUGGUUUCCAGGAUUUCCAGCAAGGAUUUGAUGGAUUGAGAUCUGGAGGACUUUGGUCAGAUUGGUCAAAAACAUCAGAUAGACAAAGGUCUUUGACACCCUUAUCACCGGCAGUUUCUCCGCAGCCAAUUGGCCCAGUUGGAUCAUUCGGGCAAAAUGUUGGAAUGGCUUCUCAACAACAAAGAUCCUUAUAUGGGUUUGGAUCUGGUUCAAACUCCUAUAAUAGAGGCUACCUGCCUACCGGUUUUAGUCAAGGCUCUAGUCCUGGGAAUGCAUCUUUUUCCAGCUUGGGAGCAGACAGUCGAAGUUGGUUGUCACUUGAAAAUAGUAGGCGGCGUUUGAGGGGCAGCGGUUCACUCUGCAGCUGUAAUGGUACCCUUGAUAUUCUUAAUGAGCAGAACCGAGGGCCAAGGGCGUCAAAGCCAAAGAGUCAAAUCAUUGCUGAUAGUUCCUCUGUGGACAAGCAUAACAAAUCAGUUGCUAAGAUCCAUAAUGAGUCAUACAACCAACCAGACUUUGUUACAGAAUACAAAGAUGCCAGGUUUUUUAUCAUCAAAUCUUACAGUGAAGACAAUGUUCACAAGAGUAUCAAAUAUGGUGUUUGGGCCAGCACGCCAAAUGGGAACAGAAAGUUAGAUGCUGCCUAUCGUGAAGCCAAGGAUAAGCAAGAUGCUUGCCCAGUUUUUCUUCUUUUUUCGGUGAAUGCUAGUGCUCAGUUCUGUGGGGUGGCUGAAAUGAUUGGACCUGUUGAUUUUGACAAGAGCGUAGAUUACUGGCAGCAAGACAAAUGGAGUGGGCAGUUCCCUGUUAAAUGGCAUAUAAUUAAAGAUGUUCCAAAUAGUCAGUUUCGCCACAUUGUACUCGAAAAUAAUGACAACAAGCCUGUUACUAACAGUCGAGACACUCAAGAUGUAAAACUGGAGCAGGGUAUUGAGAUGUUGAAGAUAUUCAAGAAUUAUGAAACUGAAAUGUCUAUCAUAGACGAUUUCGAGUUCUACGAAGACAGACAGAAGGCAAUGCAAGAAAGGAAGGCCAGACAGCAAGCAAGCCUGAUGGCUGUAGGUAUGGUAAGCGAAAACGAGCACCGAAAUGCUGUAGCCAUAUCUGGCGAGUUCAUCAAGCAAAUGUCAAAGAGUUUUGCUCAAGUUGUCCGGUUAGAUGAGGGUAAUAAAGAAGCUGCUUCUGCAAAUGAUGUCUCAUUGGGAACUAGAGUAAAACUAGAAGAUGCCAUAACAGCAGCAGCUGUGUCUUCUUCUACUCAGACCAGUUGACAGGGCCAGGCCAACCUUAUAAAUAAAUAGUAAUUAAUUAAUGUCGACAACAUAUUUAUUUAAAUUUAUUUUCUUGCUUUGUUUUGCUUUGAAUAUAGUGAAGAUGUUUGGUUUGCAGAAGGCUCUCCAUGGGUUGUACCCUUUGAAGGGAUGUCGAUAAUCACUUUUGUUUUGUUAUGAAAAAUGAUAUUUUAUAAAAGUAAAAAAUAAAAAUAAAAAUGAAUAAUGCA